CAUGUGGCCCCAAGAAGGCUGGCGCCAGGGUCCAGGCCGCCCGCCAGCAGCCACAGCGGCCCCUGCGGCCCCGGGAGCCCAAGGCACCCAAGGAGAUCCCCCCCGAGGCCGUGAACGAGUAUGUGGACACCAUGGAGGCUCUGCUGGGGCCCCUGUCGGGGGAAGCCCUUGGAGAAAGCCUUGAGCCUGAGAAGGAGCAGCCGGAGGAGCAGGGAAACUACCCUGACCCGGGUCUCCUGAGCUACAUUGACAAGCUGUGCUCCCAGCAAGACUUUGUCACCAAGGUGGAGGCGGUCAUUCACCCCCGCUUCUUGCAAGAUCUGCUCUCCCCCGAGCCAGAGCUGGAUCUCUCAGCCCUCGCUGAGGAGCUGGAGCAGGAGGAAGGGCUGACCCUGGCAGAGCUGGUGGAGAAGCGCCUCUCGGCUCUGAAGGAGGAGGGCGCCGAGCUGGACGUCCCAAGCCGCGGUGCCCCCGAAGUGGCCUCGAGCGCCCUCAAAUCUGAUGCGCUUGGCUCCCAGCCAGGGGCCAGUGGUGAAGGGCACCCUGGAGAGCCUGACUGUAAGGCCUCUGGAAGACCAGGCCGAGUGGACGCUGGCCUGUCCAGGCCUGGCACCGCAGCCCUGUCUGCGGGACAGCAAGCGCCCCCUCCGAUCCGGGCUGGACGCCCCGCGGGUCCCCCACCGAGUCUGAGACAGGCUUCCUCUCGCUUGGGCAGCGGGCACACCUGCCUUCUGGGGGAGACCUCUGCGCCAGCAGACAGGUCCAGCGAGGACGAGGAGGAGCUCCCCAGUCUGGCCUUCCUUCUGGCCUCUCAGCACAGCCUGCUGCCCUGGGGGCUGGCCCAGAGCCCUGUCCCAGCCUCGAAGGCUAGCUCUGGCGGUCAGAGGGCGCGCCAGGUCCCUCGUCCUCAGAGGAGGGGCCUCAAUCCAGCUGCCCCUCGUGCUGCCAAGUCUCGGAAGCGCCCUCUGAGUGUGGGCCCAGCUCCUGUCAACAAGACCGCCCUGGCAGGGUUCGGCCUGGGGCUCUCUGGGAGGCCAGCCUUGCAGCCUGGGCUGCUGGGCCCUUCCCUGGCUCCCAAGAGAAGGUGUGAGCCUCUGGCCCCAGGGAGGAGGAGGAAGCGCCAUUGCAGCCAGUAG